GGCGGUGGCAGGGAGUGCCUGUCAACCUCCACCCAUUUUAACCAUCUCGAUUCGACAGCUUUUCGGCGAUCUACGUACAUAUUCUGUCUUCUUAUUGGCCGCGCAGAAGCGCUCUUCAUUUGCGGUGACUUUGUAAAGGGUAAGAUUGCCGAUCUUACGCAGAUUGCUGUUACCAACAAAUGUUGUCUGUGUGUCGCUGGGCGAACGGCAAGGUGUUUCCCAAGAUGUAUUGACGCAUGCCUCUCCAGCAGUCCACCUAGCCAAAGAAUAAGUUUAUGUCAUACAAUUGAGAUGGCCCACCUCGCCUUUUCACCUUCACGGAACUCAAUGCCUCCGACACCACCCGAGUAUGCAAGGUUCAAAGAACCCUCCGUUGUGAUUGCCCUCCAUCAGACGCCUUCCACAAUGGUCGAGGUAACAAACGAAGACCAUGUGCCGCCCAUAGCUGACGGAAGUUCAUGCCGGCGAUCCACGUCGCCCUUGGGAGAGUUUCGACUAUCGUCGUCCGAUAUGCAAGGUCAACCACAAUCAUCUCUAAAUUGCACAACACUGAUCCAAAAGGACGAGGACGACGAAGAGGCUCGUAAGGGAGUUCACUCUGCGGAACUGGAAACUAUGCCUGGUACAGGCAAGAGAAAACGGGCUGAAGCCGUUGAGCUUUGGGCAAAGAAGAAACCAGCGGCAGGGGAGGCUGCUGAACCACGGUCCCUGCUUGUAAAGCUCAAUCUGGAGAGCCAUAACUCUGGUUUUGCUCGGAAGGAUUCGUUGCCACGCCAUUCACCAUCUCGAAUCAAACAAUCGCCAACGGCUUCCGUUACCCCCGGAGCCGGCGAGGACCGGUGUGUGGUUUGCGGAACAAGAGAAACGCCACAAUGGAGAAGGGGUCCGUGGGGACCUCGCACGCUAUGCAAUGCUUGCGGCGUUAAAUAUGCCGCCGGUAAUCUCAUCAUUCCCGGUGCCAAUAUUGAGGCCGACCACCCGCCAAAUCGAGAACUUAAAAAGAAGGCGACCCCGAAUUCACCUGCCGCGAAUGAGCGGGCAGCGGACGCGCGCACGACUUCAGCAAAACCCCGACCACUUACCCGCAGGUCUACUCCGUCGAAGCGAUCAACAUUUGCAAGCAACGAACAAGUCGAAGUUGCCACCGUCAAAUCUCCGGUUCGAGAUGUCAAAGGAAAAGCGUCUUUCAGUACUCGGCGGCAGUCCCGAGCCGACCGGGAGAAGACACGAGAACAGCCUGACAGUAUUAGGAUAGCAUGUGAUGAGUCUGAUACCUCUGAGGAAACGGAUGAUGACAAUGACGAUCCAGCCCUGACAAAGGCAAAAUUAGAGAGACAAAUUAGAGAGCUCCGACGCCGUCUUAUGGUUUCAGACGCCAUUAACAAGCAGCUAGAGCAGUGCAUUUUAAAGCUUGUGGGAGAAGAUGAGGAACUAGACGGUUGUCUCGCUGUCAUAAUUCGGAAAGCGGCAAGACUUCUUCGAAGCGCGACAAUAAGGCACGUUAGGCACAGAUCGCCCUCUGGUCAUUCAAUAUCACGAUCGACUCUCAAGAUACCCCAUGAAAGAAACGAUAUCCCGGAAUCGGCUGCCGCUAACCUGUUGCUUGGCACUUGCAUCGAGGAAGAGGAACUUCCUACAAUCGCAAAUUUCUGCCGGGCUGUUCACGGACGGUACACGUAUAUGCGACGAUGUUAAGCAUGCUUCGAUGUCGAAUGAAGUUAUCGCUGCGAAUCGGGCCAGAUAUAGUCAUGUCAAACUCCACAUGUACAGAUUUAGAUACCGAAUGUCGACGAGUCGACCUUUCAUGAGUGACUAACACUCGGCGUGAUACUUGGCUGGUUUGAUACGGGCGCUAUUGUGGCGUAAAGUGUCCUGAGGUUAUAGAUUGAAUGUCUAUAUUUGCAUUUGAGAAAAGUCCUUGCAAUUUCGUAAAUAUAUACUACUGUCACUCUUGUCAUUAGCUAUGGUCAUGCUUCC